GAUUAACCUGUGAAGAUGCCUUGCGUCAGCUCCCACAUCGACCAGAUGGUGAAGGUGAAGGUGCCUUGUGGCUACAGCCCUGUGGUUGAUAAAAUCCUCAUGGUGGAGCAGAUCCUGUCAGAGUUCAGGCUGAAGAAAGAAGAACUUAAAGAAGUCAUGAAGAGGAUGCAGCGUGAAAUGGACAGAGGGCUCAGCAUAGAGACACACGAGGAGUCCAGCGUCAAAAUGCUUCCAACCUAUGUUUGCUCCACUCCUGAGGGAUCAGAGGUGGGUGAUUUCUUGGCUCUGGACUUGGGGGGAACAAACUUCCGCGUGAUGCUUGUGAAGGUGGGAGAAGACGAGGAGGGGAUCUGGAAGAUUGAGACAAACAACCAGAUGUACUCCAUUCCUGAGGACGCCAUGACAGGCACCGCUGAAAUGCUGUUUGACUACAUCGCUGAGUGCAUGUCAGAUUUUUUAGACAAGCACCACAUCAAGCACAAGAAACUUCCCCUGGGUUUCACCUUCUCUUUUCCCGUGCGACAUGAGGACAUUGACAAGGGAAUCCUGCUGAACUGGACCAAAGGUUUCAAGGCCUCUGGAGCCGAAGGAAACAACGUUGUGGGUUUACUCAGAGAUGCAAUCAAGAGACGAGGGGACAUUGAGAUGGAUGUGGUUGCCAUGGUGAACGAUACAGUCGCCACCAUGAUUUCCUGCUAUUAUGAGGAUCGCCGCUGUGAAGUUGGGAUAAUUGUUGGCACUGGCUGCAAUGCCUGCUACAUGGAGGAGAUGAGGACUGUGGAGCUGGUGGAGGGUGAAGAGGGCCGAAUGUGUGUGAACACGGAGUGGGGGGCGUUCGGAGACAACGGGGAGCUGGAGGACUUCAGGCUGGAGUACGACCGAGUGGUGGACGAGACCUCGAUUAACCCCGGACAGCAGCUAUAUGAGAAGCUGAUCAGCGGGAAGUACAUGGGAGAGCUGGUGAGGCUCGUGCUGAUGAAGCUAGUGAACGAAGACCUGCUGUUCAACGGUGAAGCCUCAGAGCAGCUGAAGACGCGUGGCAGCUUCGAGACGCGCUACGUCUCGCAGGUGGAGAGUGACUCCGGGGACAGAAAACAGAUCUACAACAUCCUGUCGUCGCUGGGCGUCCUGCCCUCAGAGCUGGACUGUGACAUUGUGCGGCUGGUGUGCGAGAGCGUGUCCACUCGCGCGGCUCACAUGUGCGGCGCCGGGCUGGCCGGCGUCAUUAACCUGAUGCGGGAGCGACGCAGCCAGGAGGACCUGAAGAUCACCGUGGGGGUCGAUGGCUCCGUCUACAAGCUGCACCCAUGUUUCCGUGACAGGUUCCACAAAGUGGUCCGGGACCUGACGCCGCGCUGCGAGAUCACCUUCAUCCAGUCGGAGGAGGGGAGCGGGCGCGGCGCCGCCCUGAUCUCGGCUGUGGCCUGUAAAAUGGCGGCGUGCCUGCUGACACAGUGA